AAUUCACAACAACAACUACUACUGCUGCAACAACAUCAAAACCUACUUAUAUUUCUAUCUUCAACUCUCUUUUCAUCCUCACCAAAAGAAUCUGCUGUUUUAUCUAAAAUCUUUGUGAGAAGACACUUUCUUGAAACCAGAAUCUUUGCACCAUGGAGAACUUAUUUCGCUUAGCUGACCACGAAGAUUUCUUCUCUCGUCGUUGCAUUUGGGUUAAUGGUCCAGUGAUCGUCGGUGCUGGGCCUUCAGGGCUAGCUACAGCAGCUUGCCUCAGAGAACAGGGAGUACCCUUUGUUGUCCUCGAAAGGGAAGAAUGUAUAGCUUCUUUAUGGCAGAAACGUACCUAUGACAGGCUGAAACUUCACCUUCCUAAACAAUUCUGUCAGCUCCCAAAACUCCCAUUUCCUGAAGAUUUCCCCGAGUAUCCUACAAAGAAACAGUUCAUUGAAUACUUGGAAUCAUAUGCUAAGACCUUUGAGAUCAACCCAAAAUUCAAUGAGUGUGUACAAUCAGCUAGGUACGAUGAGACUAGUGGCUUGUGGAGGGUCAAGACUGUUUCCACAAGUGGCACUGCUCGUACUGAGGUUGAGUACAUUUGCAGGUGGCUAGUAGUGGCUACCGGUGAGAAUGCAGAGUGCGUAAUGCCUGAAAUUGAAGGAUUGAAUGAGUUUGGCGGUGAUGUUACUCAUGCUUGUUCAUAUAAAUCUGGUGAGAAAUUCCAUGGCAAGAAAGUGCUAGUCGUAGGCUGUGGCAAUUCUGGCAUGGAAGUUUCUCUUGAUCUCUGCAACCACAAUGCCUCUCCGUCAAUGGUUGUCAGAAGCACAGUACAUGUACUGCCUAGAGAAAUAUUUGGCAAAUCAACAUUCGAAUUGGCUGUCCUGUUGAUGAGUUGGCUGCCUCUUUGGCUAGUUGAUAAGCUCAUGUUGUUUUUCGCAUGGAUAGUGCUAGGAAAUGUUGAAAAAUAUGGCCUGAAAAGGCCAUCCAUGGGUCCUUUGGCACUUAAGAACUCCCAGGGAAAGACCCCUGUAUUGGACAUUGGUGCAUUGGAGAAGAUCAGAUCUGGAGACAUUAAUGUUGUUCCUGGAAUCAAGAGGUUUUCACGUGGACAAGUUGAGCUUGUUAAUGGUGAAAUUCUUGAUAUUGACUCAGUUAUUUUGGCAACUGGAUACCGCAGCAAUGUCCCUUCUUGGCUUCAGGAAGGUGAAUUCUUCUCCAAGAAUGGCUUCCCAAAAGCACCAUUCCCAAAUGGCUGGAAAGGAAAUUCUGGGCUCUAUGCAGUUGGGUUCACAAGGAGAGGGCUAUCUGGUGCAUCUUCAGAUGCCAUGAGAAUAGCACAAGAUAUUGGCAAUGUCUGGAAACAAGAAACUAAGCAACAAAAGAAGAGAACAACAGCUUGCCAUAGACGUUGCAUUUCACAGUUCUAAAUGGUCAUCAUCCAAAAAUAUAAAGCACAAACAAAACAAAACCAUAAAAAGAACCAAGUUUCUAACCAGACAGAACUUUUACUUAGUUGUAAAGAGAAAAUAAAGAACACAAAAAUAUUUUACUUGUAUGAUACACAAGAAAAGGAAAAAAGAAAACAGAUAGCAUACAGACAGAGCCCUCUCCGAAGGCCCAAAGUUUUGACAUAUUUGGGCAUUUUGUAAACUGAGGAUGACGAGGCUUAUGGCUUCUAAAUUCUUUUUAUUAUUUUUUCUCUCAGUUUCAUACACUUUCUGUAUUAUAGUUUAAUGAUCAAUUGAAAUGACAGCUUCUUUUGUUCUCUUUUAAA